AUGGCCACCACCUCCCCUCCUUCUCCAUUUCUGUCGGACACGGAUGCCCAAGCAAGGCUGGAGGAAUUGCGUCAAUAUGUGGCCAAACCAAUGCCCAAGCACGACGGCAACAACAAGCCAUGGACGGAUCCCAGUCCAGCACUCGUCGAGGGCAGUGCCGUGUUGAUCGGGAACAAGUAUCACGCAUCCAACGUUCCCGCACUGGUCCGUGAGCAAGUGACGGCCGUCUUGAAUUGUGCGUCGGGUGGAAUUUCGCGACUCCCCAUGGACGAAUUGCAGGCCGCCAAUAUUGACUAUGAAUUCACCAAUGUGCGACGAGACGAUGUGACUUAUCCCAUUCUCUACGAUUGGAACACUCGAGAACCGAGUCAACAUUUGAUUGUGGCCAAGGCACUCUAUCAUCGCAUUAAAGAAAUGGGUGGUCGAGUCUUGUUCUUUUGUGUGGCCGGACAAAAUCGAUCCGCUGCCUUGGCAGUGGCUGUGCUGCUUCUGUUUGGGCACAAGCUAGAGGAAAUUCUGGUCAGUCUCUCCAAGACGAGACCCUUUGUCUUGGAAAAUGAAGGAUUCCAACGACAAGUGAUCGAAUUGGAGGCCAUGCUACAGAAAGCCACUCCCCGUGGUCCUCCAGAAGACCCAGUCUUUUCCUUUGGCAAUCCAAACGCUCGGCUCGCAAGACGAACGACCAUGGACAAUUCGCUAUUGGGAGUGGUAGAAGUGGAACUGUUGAUCCCUGGACUUUGCACUAUGGAUGUCAAAAUUCCCAAAGAGUCAUCCAUUAAGGCAGUCAAGGCACGCCUCGUUGAGUACGUCAAUGAGUUUCUACUCAAACAUUACAGCAACCAGAACAACAACAAUAAUACCAACGCCAGCAGCGUAGGCAGCACUUCAGUCCUCCCAGCAUCGUCUUCCAAAGUGGCCAAGUCUUGGAUGGUCCUGGCCAUGUUUGGUUACGAUGACAUGUACGAUUUCCCCUGCGAGACCGAAGCCAUUGAAGAACGGGUCCAGCUGGAACUCAUGCAAAAAGUGUUUGGACUCGACGUUUUUACCCCACAAGGCACCAACGAACAACACGUCCGAUGGAGUUCCAAAUGUCGCUUUGCCUUGGUCAUCUUUUCCGUCUUUCAGACCAACGAUUCCACCAACUUGACAUGGGAAGAACCCUGGACGUUUGUCCACGAAGAACGGCCCGGAGCACCCGCCACCUUUUUGGAAUACAAUCUACUCACAACGCAUUUGCGAGCGUGGGAUUUUGUCACGGGACAAUCCUACUGUUCCACCAAACCAAUCGUCUUUUCCUUUAGUCCGGAUCCACGAGACAAGCGACAAUUCAUGAGAAUAUCGACCAGUGCCAAUGAACCGGUGCAAUUUCAUGCCCCCGGUGAAGGAGGCAUUUUGGGAAUGGGAGCCAAUGCCAUUGUGCAUCGGGUCGAUUUGGGAAAAGUCGUGGCGUCUACCAACAGUCGGGAACCGGGGUUUAUGGAUGCCUGUCCGCCGGAAGAUCGGUGGGAUGCGGCCGUGAAACGACAUUUUAGCUAUCACAAAAUGGUGGCGUUUCUGGAGAAUCGAAGCGAAGCUGGAUUGGCCAAACGAAUUCGGUUGGCCAGUUCGCUCAAUUCCGAUGGACGAGUGGUGGAAUUCUAUGGUCUGGGGGUGGGGUUGGCUGCCAAUUGCUCCAAUUUGAAUGAAUACAAGUUUGAGGCUAUGCUACUGGCACGUUACGAAGAAGAAUUCUCCACCUACACCAUGAAGAAGUUUAUGCAGGACUACUUGGUGCCACUGGAACGAGCGUCAUCCGAGGAAAGACCAGAUAUUGAAGCCAUGCAAUCCAAAUUCACUCUCAUAUCUGUCAAAGUGUUACUGGUGAGCUUGUUGAAUGCCUUUCGGGACUUGACACUGAUGGGAGUCCAGGCAUUCGACUUUAACAAUGCCAACGUGUUGGUGUCGCGUGACUAUCGUCUGUGUCGUCUCAUUGACAUUGACGGCGAUUCCAAGGGAUCCAUUCAACUCGAUGAGAACGCCGCGUACAUUCGGGGGUCGCCUGGGUCAUUGGCCAUGCACAAACCAUCAUUGGACAUUGACCUAAACGUUGUCCUACCGACCCUAGUGGAGCAGCUGAUCCUUGGAAAGGGACGGAGCAACAGUUUUGUGGUCAACAAACGUUCCGAGAUUUGGCGCGCUACCCCAGAGAAAGCAAGAGAGUUAAUCAUGGAAAUUCUUCGAGAGAAUUUUUAUCCAUAUGUUCAUGGCGAAGACGAAAGAUUCAAGGCUGAAAAGCACGUCCACAAAGUGGCUCUGUGGUUCUACGCUAUGCUCAAGAAACAGCCACCGUGGGGCCACUGGACCCGGGACAUUUACGAUGCUAUGCGAUGCAUUGAUCAUUUGCCAAUCUCAUAG